AUGUUUCAAGCACCAGAUUACUCAUUGGAAGCUGCAUCAAUGAAGCUGUCAGAAGUUCUCGCUGAUAUAGGUGUGGAUACCAGAAUGGUACUAAAAAGGAGGAGAGCAAUGCUUCUUAUGGAAUCAGCUGUAAUGCAGUCUUACUUGGUAUUUUUGAGAAACCAUAUUUAUCGUCCCUAUAUGAUGGGUAGUCAAAUUGAAGGCACAACUACAUUAGGACUAAACUCAGAUACUGACAUUAUUUUAUGUCAUAACAUGUACCGUGUGAUACAAGAUUGGAGUGACUGGCAACCCGGUAUAACAAAUCUACUGAUGAUUCAAGAUCGUUCUGUAUCUCCAGGUUAUUGUCGACUUCAAGUGUUAAGACGUGAUUCUCCUCUACCUAUCCGACGUUAUAGGUCUGUACCUGCCCUUCGUUCCAGUUGCAGAAGAGACAGAAAUGGUAGAAUAUUACUGAAAAAUUCUUUGGCAUCUCAUUUAUUGUGUUCUGAUCCUCAUGAAGGACUAGAAAGACAUGGGCCAGCAGUAACAAGCAACAAUUCUGCAUUUGAGUAUGAUUGCGUUGUUGCCCUUCCCUGUACAACAUGGCCAUUACAAGCUAGACAAUGGAUGCACCAACAAAGUGUCGGUCAGUGGCCUUCUGAUGAAAUUAAACAUUACUGCUGUAGUUCUGGAUGUUUUCUUGUUGGAGUUGGUCAACAUGGCAGUGAAGAUGAGGAGCUUGAAUGGAGAAUAUCAACAUCUUUAGCCGAAAGAUGUUUAAUGUACAAUCUAAACAGAACACAGAUUCGCUGCUAUGUCUUGAUGAAAAUGAUAAUAAAAUCAUUCUUAAAUCCAUUAUUAAAAGAAGCAAUUUCUAGUUACAUGUGUAAGACAGUUUUGUUUCACUGUAUUGAAAAUACCCAGUCUAUCAUCUGGCAGGAAAAGAACUUAAUUGUAUGUUUAUCAUUGUGUAUUCAUAACUUGUACACUAACAUUCUUAAUGAAAAUUGUCCACAUUUUAUCAUACCUGGAAACAACUUGAUGAGAGGGAAGAUUACACCUGAAAUCAAACCUUUUAUACUGGAUAUAUUUCAGCGUAUCAUCAAAAGUAAUGGGUUAGCACUUCUAGGAAUCAAAUGUGAUGAUCUUGGUACAAGGCUUCAGCUCAAGUUCAACAAUAUAUGCCCAUUAAGAACAUGUGGAGAUAUUUCAGUAAACCUACUAUCCUUAAUAGCUAACCAUCUUACUAUUGAGUCUGCCGAAUUUAGCCAUUGUAUCUAUUGGAAUACGGACCCAAUACAAACAUUAAAGCAGAGAAUUUCUGAUCUAGUCAGUCUUCAAUGUCAUGGACAAGACAAGACAGCUCUCAAUCUUCUAGCGCCAAGGCUCUGUACAAGGCUAGGAUCUGUUUUAGCUUCCCUCAACAUACAACAGUAUAAGACAAUAUCAGCUGAGGCUCUUAACUGGAUCUCCCUAGGUCUAAAUACUGAUGUUGCAUCUGGUAAACUCAAACUUGCUUCGAUGCUAUACUGUACAGGGAAGUUUCGAAAGGCUGAAAUUAUUCUGUGUGAUAUUGAGAGGCACUACGACCUUGACAUUGUUGAGCCAUUUUGUCGAACACAUAAAUACAGACAAACCAGAAGGCAAGGUUUUAAAGCACUAUGUGAUCAACAAAAUGAAGAAGCUUUACAAAACGCAACAGCAAAUUGUGUACAAUUUUGGCCAUGUGAAGUCUAUUGUUCUCCAAAGGAAUUAAGACAGGAAAUGUUCAGAUCUACAGAAGAAGACAAAGCUUUCAGAACAAUACAAGACUUCUGGAUGGACUAUGCUGAAGUGGAUUCUCUAACUUUUCUCUUCUUUCUACAGUACAAGAUAUGCAGCCAUCUCAACAAACAGGAAGAUAAAUGUGCGGCACUCUCUAAACUUACCAAAACCAUUGAACAAGAACCAAACCUUGCUCAUCGUGAAACAGCCUUGAAUUUGUUGGGGCAGUGCAUGGAACAGGAACACAGACAGGUAAAUGCGUUCCAGUGUUAUUCCCUGUCACUGAAUAUAAGGAGGAGAAACAAUGCUGCAAAGAUUCAUAUCUGCAGACUUUUGAGUACACUUGUAAACAAUCAGUAAUUAAAAACAACGCAUAGAUGAUUAACAGGACAUUUGUGGCUUAACAUCUUCUUCUAAACUAGGUGCUAAUGCACCGUAUAUGGGAGAA